AUGGGCCGCCUCGUCCCGAUGAUCAUCCCCGCGCUCCUCGCCGUCGUCCUGUGCUGUCCGGGAUGUGGCCGCGCCAACCUCGCGCCCUUCCACUCGGAGCUCGGGUCCGCGGAACGGGUCCCGGCGGACAAGCAUCCCGCGUCGCACGGGCCGCAGAUCGACGCCGGCGAAUUCCCCGGCGAUCCGUACGGCGCUUACCCGGGUAUGGGCUUCGGGCCCAUGGGCCCGGUAGUCCGCUCGGCCCUGCCAUCGAACGACGCCACCCUGCGUAGCAUGUCGUCGGCCAGCGGCGACGACGCCGGGCGACGGGAUCUCCCCAAGGAAUCGCAGCAGCUCGCCUCGGCGCGCUCCGGCGACGACGCCGCGCUCAGCGGCGACUCCUCGAACGGCAACGUGCCCUCGCCGAAACCGGAGUACCGCAUCGUCAGCGUCGAGUUCACGCGCGUCGAGACGCCCUUCCUCAUCGGGAUUUGGAUCUUUUUCGCUAGCAUCGCGAAAAUCGGCUUCCACAUGUCGCCGAAGCUCAACAAGAUCUUCCCGGAGUCCUGCCUGCUGAUCGCCGUCGGCGUGAUCGUCGGCCUGCUGCUGUUCCAAGCGAGUAGCGUCCACAUAUCGCCGCUCACGCCCGACACGUUCUUCUUGUACAUGCUGCCGCCCAUCAUCCUGGACGCCGGCUACUUCAUGCCUAAUCGGCUGUUCUUCGACCACCUCGGGACGAUACUCCUGUUCGCCGUCCUUGGGACUAUAUUUAAUACGAUGUCGAUAGGUGUGUCAUUAUGGCUGUUGGGGAAAAGCGGUAUGUUCGGUUGCGAGACGCCUAUCCUCGAUAUGUUCCUCUUCUCGGCAUUGAUCAGCGCCGUCGAUCCCGUGGCCGUGCUGGCCGUCUUCGAGGAGAUACACGUGAACGAGAUACUCUACAUCGUCGUGUUCGGAGAGAGUUUAUUGAACGACGCGGUCACUGUCGUGCUCUAUCACAUGUUCGAGACGUACAGCGAGAUGGGCCCUUCCAGGAUCAUUUACACGGACGUGCUAGCGGGCCUAGCCUCGUUUUUGGUGGUGGCGAUCGGCGGCACGGUCAUAGGUAUACUUUGGGGUUUCGCCACUGGCUUCGUGACCAGGUUCACUCACCAGGUGCGCGUGAUCGAGCCGAUCUUCAUAUUCGUGAUGGCGUACUUGGCAUACCUCAGCGCUGAGAUCUUCCACUUGUCCGGCAUAUUGGCAAUAACCUUCUGCGGUAUUACCAUGAAGAAUUACGUCGAGGCCAAUAUAUCGCACAAGUCCCACACGACCGUCAAGUAUACAAUGAAGAUGCUGUCGAGUAGCUCGGAGACCAUCAUAUUCAUGUUCCUCGGCGUCGCCACGGUGAAUAAUGCACACAACUGGAACACGUGGUUCGUCGUCAUGACGAUAGUUUUCUGCUCCGUCUAUCGAAUCGUGGGCGUGAUAGUGCUGACAGCGCUGGCGAAUCAGUUCCGGCUGCACAAAUUGGAUAAGGUUGAGAAAUUCGUGAUGUCCUACGGCGGUUUGCGCGGCGCCGUGGCGUUCGCCCUGGUGCUUCUUAUAGAUCCCAGACACGUGCCCCUGCAGCCCAUGUUCGUCACCACCACUAUCGCCGUUAUCUACUUCACUGUGUUCAUCCAGGGGAUCACCAUCAAACCCCUCGUCAAAAUCCUCAAUGUCAAAAGGGCGGAGAAGAGGAAGCCGACGAUGAACGAGAGGAUUCACGAGAGGAUAAUGGAUCAUACAAUGGCGGGUAUCGAGGACAUUUUGGGAAAACACGGCAACUACCACGUCCGGGAUAAAUUCAAGCGAUUCGACAAUAAAUUCAUCCGACCUUAUCUCGUGAAAGAUCAUUGCGGCGCCGAGCCGAAGAUUUUAGAAACUUACUCGAAGCUGGCGAUGAAGGAUGCGCUGGAUUACAUAAGAAGGAAUGCCUCCACUAUCGGCAACAUUAGUGGCACCGAAAGUAUGUCGGCGAUAUUCCGUAAUUACAGCAAUACCGGACAAUUCAAUGGAAGUCCCAGCUGCAGCCAGCUCGAAACGGGAUGGAAUAUCGAUCUGCAGGAACUGGAGUACAAUCCUUCCAAAAAAGACCUGACGGACGCGAGAAUUCACCAUCUGCUCGCCGAAGAGCUUUGUAAACCGUACAAAAGGCAUCGGCGUUUGAGCUACAGUCGACACGCAGUGAACGAUCGCGAUCUCUCGACACAAGUCAAUUACAGAAUGCACAUGAAUAUUCGACGGAUGAUGGGGGAGCACAAGCAUCGCCACAAACGCAGCAAAAAGUUGGUCAAAGACGGCAAACAGAAUCACGUUAGUUUCCCAGAGUUUCAACAGCAGAACGGCUCGACGAAGUUAUUUACGCAAGAUUACAUCAAUGGCGUGCUGUACGAGUUAGAGAACGGAGAAACCUCGAAGCCCUCCAGCAAGGAGGAUUGGGAUUCGGCGAUCACGUUCACCGCACGAACAUCCGAUUCGCCGAAUGUAAACGCGGACAAUCAACACGCUACCACCGCUACUACGUCGAUGGACACAAUAAAUACGGACGAAGGAGACUUGAAAAUAGGACGCGACGGCGCGGAAGGCUACAGAGUAACCACCCCUACGGCCACGGAAACCAUGUUACCGUGGAAACGUGAGGACGAUUACGAGUCGGGUCAUCCGAUCAAGCAGCACGAAUUUCCAGCCUGGUGCUCCAACAAAGAAUACCUCGCCUACAGUUCGCCCUCCGCCACUUUCUUAGGUGGGAUCGAACAGCCGAAAGUCCAAUCCGUGAUUGGCCUAUUUCGACGCGAGAGCGUGUGCACGCCCGACAGUAUCGAUUGCCAGGAGACCGUCGACGAGGCCGACGAGACGGACGAGUACACCCCCGCGAGAAUGGAUUCCCCCGCGAAAACCAAGGGCAACCCGAGGAGGGUGCCCAUGAGGAGGGUGUCAAUGAUGGAGCUCGGCUUCGCCGACCGAGCUCACUCGGUGGACAAGGCGGACGACGGGUCUCACUCCUUGCCGGAUUGCUGGAAUGUCCAGAGAGUACGCCUUAACUCCCUCGCCUCCUGCUCGCCCGCCCAGUUACCGAGCCUGUCGACCGCCCUGAUCACUUCCUCCACGUCGGAAUCGUCGGAGGACGUGGAGGACGAGGAGGAGCGGAGGGCUUGACCCUUGGGGACCGUCGCCGAGGAGCGAUCGUCCGUCUCCUACGCGGACAUCGAGCGCCGACGACGUCGGCCCUUCCGGCGACCACAGCGACACUCGUUGCUCACCUCGCUCCUGCGACGGCCGAGUGCCCCCGUAUGAGAAUACCUGCCCUUGACGAGCCGCCUUCAGGAUGAGGCAUCUCGCGAACCUGAAUUUUGGCCUGAAUCUUGUCCACGCGCUCCACGAGCGCGCGUAACAAGACGAGCGGAAAGUUGUGAUGAAUAGAAUAUUCCAGGAGAGACGACUGUGGAAAGAGAGAUUGCGAAAAAUGCAUCGAAGCUUUCGACUGAAUUUUUUUUUGUACGAGCGGGAAAUUAUUUAGGACGACGCGAGAAUUUUCGCUAAUUGGAAGAAGAUUGCGCGAGGAGAGAAGGAAAGAUGUUCUUUUGGAAAGUUAACGAUGACAAGUUUUUCCGCAUGUUAACGCGACAAAGUUGGUGAAUCUGGUUUGCAGUAAACGAUUCUUCUUAUUCAAAUUCGGUAUUCGCGAGAUCGCUCGCCGAAUUCGGAAGAAAAACGGAACGAAACAACGUAUACGAGGUUGAGAUUUGACGAAUUUCACUGUUAUUUUUUUCUGCACGCCGCGUGAACGCAUUCGCGAGGAGUGAAGGCGCUUGCAAGGGCUUAUUUCUAAAUCCGUCUCUAAGACGUCUUGGAAUUGUGGCCUUAAGGACUGUAAAAGUGCUUGGACGUUGACGACUUGUACGUCGUCGUCGUCAUCGUCAUCAUCGGCGCAAAAUUGUCGGUGCUAUCGAUAAAAGUGUUGUAAAAAAUCGAGUCGUGCGGCGGCGCCGCAAAAAAUGCGCAGCCGCCAGCUUGUCCCAAGAUUUACCACGAGUACCUUCUCUCGGGGUUGGAAUCGAACGGUGAUCAUCGCUGCUGUGUAACUUCGCGAUUAGCUUACGGUCAGACUGAUCGACUUAGUUAGUGGAAAGUUACGCGCCAAGUCGGAUUAAACACUUAAGUCGCUGCCACAAUUUACUAUAUAUAAAUUCUGAAAAUAAUUCUGCCAGUAGGAUAAUGCGAGAAACUCACGCUACACACACAGUCAUUUUCGAUAAAAAAAAAAUCUAAUUUCCUACAAAAUAAUUGAUUCACAUUACCUCCGAAGUAUUUUAUGUAAUUAUUUUCUAUAGAGAAAGUAUAUUUUUAUCUCCAUUUUUAUCUUCGACAAUUUUUACCUCCAUCGUCGCUUGAUAGGAAAUAUAUUUUCAUUCUUCCUAAUGAGAUUUUGAAGAACACUCAUUUCACUCAUCAAACUGUCAAUUAUAGAUGUACUAAUGGUAUAUAAUUCAUAUAUCUGCCAUACGUUUUUGGAAAUAAUGAAGGAUGAUCCCGUCGGAUGAUCGAGAGUUAUGCACUCUCUAAUCAUUCGAUCAAAUCUACGCUUUGCUCUCUGAGUCGAUAGAGUCUGGCCGCAGCUUCGCGGACGACGUUAGUCCAACAUUUAGGUGCGUUAUAUCGUUAGUAGUCCCGUUAUACCGUGGUUUCUGACGCAUGUACCGCACGCACAUGCAUGCAACGCAGCACGUCGCAGUUAAACGUAGAUGACAUCCCGUAGCGACGCAUCCCCAGCUGAAUUUAGGAGAACUCCUUGUCAAGCGAACGGUUGCGCGACGAUUUCAGUCGACCGGUUCAGCUACCAAUUUGUGUAGAAACCUGACGAGAGAGAGAGAGAGAGAGAGAGAGAAAGAGAGAGAGAUGCGUACAGAGAGACGCGACGCUCUCCCUUCGAGUAUGGCCUUAAAUAAAACAAAACAAAAAAAAAAAAAAGAAAACUUUCCGGCAAGCGGAUACUCGUGAGUAACACGGUGCCUGGUGUAUGAUAAUACAUUGUUGAUAUCGCGCGGCCACGGCACCGCUUGGUCAAUAUUUAGCGAAAAGCCGCCAGAAGCAUGUACAUACGGUUUUUUUCUUAGAGAAAGAUACGCUAGAAAAUUGUCGGCAUCCUCAUCGUUUGUCAUCUUCAGCAGCAUCCUCAUCCUCACUAUUUUUGUUAUUUAGAAUUAUUUCGUCGGCGGGGAGAGAAAGAAGAGAGACAGAAAGAGAAAAAGAGGCGGAGAGCGCGACCACUAUAGACCAUUCGGCAUUCUAUAGUUAUUAUUGUUACACUUGUUACUAUCGCUAGUAUGAUUAUACUAGUUCUACUACUAAUAAUUAAUAAUACAAUUAUAGCCAUCGCUCGGCGCACGGCGGAAAGCGGAAGCGUCGAGCUCUUGCUAGUUUCGAGGGGAACUUUGUCUUUUUGAUAGUCGAAGACUUAUUUCGAUUGAACAAAACACGAAUGUCGCGAGAACGGAAUGCAGUUAUAUGAAACGGGAUCGCCUCAAAUAGUGGGAACCUUGUCAUCGACCGUCCCGAACGCUUCGAUUAUGCACAUUGUAGAAAUUGCCUCCUGUACUUAUUUUCGCGUCUCACUCAUAAACGAUUAGCAUCAAUUUUUAUUAAUGCCAUUAAUUAGCUUAGGCUUUCAAUAGACUCUUGACAUUUGACUUGUGACAAUUAUACCUCAUGGCUCUUGGGGACCCUGCGAUUUUUAUACUUCCUUAUAAAAUGCAUCGUAUUGCGCGGAGUACUUAAUUUUAGCGUGUUACGCGAUCUCUGAUACCGAACCACUUUUGUAUAUCUACAUACAUAAGGGUGACAGGGUAUAAGUUCGCUUAAUUAAAGAAAAAAAAAGUCAGAGAGAAAAACACAACGGGAACGUUUUCAGCGACGAUAAAUAAAAAUGAUUUCGCACGGAUUUGGAAGUUCCCCUCGUAUGGAAUAUUCCUCGCGGCCUUUAGUUACUUAGACCGGAUAAACAAAAACGUCGGACUAGUCUCUAGACGCUAGUCUCUACGCUGUUGAUUUGUUAAAAAGGAAAUAAAUGUUUAUUUCUUAAAGCACUAU